AGAAUGCGAGUACUGAUCUUCUCGUUUGUUCUCUCAUCAUGCUACUGUUUGAACUCGAUGAUCCCGAGGUGGCAGACAGCUGGAGCAAGGGGAUUUCUUCUUUGUAACGGUAAACCCGCUGCUCGAGCAUUUAUGCUUUUGUGUCAAAGAAGAUUUUUUUCCAUAAAAUGCCUGGAUGUCGCCGCAGCGGACAAAAAUGGAUUUUUCAAAAUUUCAGGCACUAUAUUCGAGAUAUCAAUGAAUCCACAACUCCGCAUUUACUCUUGUUGCAACCGUAAAUGUGAUGGACUCAAUCCGAAAAUAAAGGAGGUCUGCAUAUACAUUCCACCAAAGUAUAUACGUGGAGGAAAAAAAGUAUGG